AUGAAGAAGAAAGGUGAAAGAAAAGAAGGAAGAAGAGAAAGACAAGGAGAUAGAAAAGGGAUUCAAUCCAAAAGUAAUACAGUGAAAUACAAAGGAGUAGGAGGUGCAUUAAGCGUCUAUAAUGUGACGGUGGGAUCAACUCAGUAUUCAGCAUCAGAAUUCACACUUCUAAAUGGGCCUGAUGUAAUACAAUUUGGAUUAAUGGCUAAUUCGAUGUUAAACAAGGACAAUCGCACAAGAAUGUUUCAAUAUUUGGAAACCAGGACAUCACAUUGUUAUGAUCUAUUGUGUCCCGGGUUUGUAAGUCUUAGACAAGAUAUUCCGAUUGAUGCAAUUGUAGAACCCGCAUCAAAAAUUGGAGGACCGACAUAUGAAUACAAUAUGUUUGCAUUUCAGGAUCCAAUAAAUGGGAAUUGGUGGCUAGAAGUGGAAAAGUUGGGAAUCGUAAUAGGAUUUUGGCCACGAGCAAUCUUUAGUGGAUUAAAAAGCUCGGCAUAUUAUAUUGCCGUUGGUGGGGAAGCAUAUAGUCUACACAACAAGCCUCUACCAUUGAUGGGAAAUGGUUACCACCCAUAUUGUACAAAUACAAAUAUUUCUUUAUCAGCAUUUUGCCAAGGUUUUGUUGUUGUAAAUACCAACUCAGAUAUAGUAAAUCCUGAAGACACCGAAAUUUUUAGCACUUCUGAAGAUUAUGCUACCUUUGAUUUGGGAGUGACCCCUUCGUGGGGUCGCGUUAUUUGUUUUGGUGGCCCUGAGUGA